AUGAAUGGAAUGCCAAUGAAUCAACAGUUUCUCGGGCCCCAGGGUCCAUGCCAGGGUCCAUGCCAGGGUCCAUGCCAGGGUGCACCAUUUCAGCAGAAUCCACAGACCAAUGGAAUGCCAAUGAAUCACCAAUUUCCUGGGAUGAAUGGAAUGACUUCAAAUCAUUCGCAGGGUUUUCCCGCGCCUCAGCCUACGAUGGACGCGACGAGUCAGCAAGGGGUACAAGGCUAUGGGACUACCGGGAUGGCUCCAAACCACUCGCAAGGCUUCCCUGGUGCGAACCAGCCUCCAAUGUCGCAAGGGCAACCAGGGCAACCAGGACAACCAGGGCAAGCAGCGCAACCUCCAAACUACAUGAUGAACAGUCCCCCGCCAAAUGUGGCAGCUGGUCAGCCGCAGAACCAGCCUCCAAUGUCCCAAGGGCAACCUCCAAACUACAUGAUGAACAGUCUUCCGCCAAAUGUGGCAGCUGGUCAGCCGCAGAACCAGCCUCCAAUGUCGCAAGGGCAACCAGGGCAACCAGGACAACCAGGGCAAGCAGCGCAACCUCCAAACUACAUGAUGUCUGGAGCAAUGCCAAGUCCACACUUCAUGGCUUCAGGCCAACAGAUCCCACAACCUCAAGCGCCUCAUGGGCAUGGGCGAUGGGGACGUGCUACGAUGAAUUCUGGAAUGCCCCAGAGCCAAUCACAAGGCUUCCCAUCUCACGGUCUUCAGGGCCAACAGAUGAAUGGAAGCGACUACCGCGGCACAUCUGUUGGCGCGCCGCCUGCUGCUCAGACUAGUAGGCCGCCUUCUCAAGCAGGGCCGCCUCAGUUUGGCUCCGUCAGGUCCUCCAUGUCUCGGGUAUGCGUGAAUCAGGGCCCUACACCUGAGGGCUUCUUGCCGAAGGGUGGUACGAGCCAAGUCAGUGGAAUCAGUGGACGGAGCGCGCCUCGGACCCGCGACACCACAGGAAACCAGGAGAGGCCUUCUGUCCCUCGACCUUCUGUCCCUGCUGGACCCACAGGGGUACCGACAGGGUCUGCUUGCAAUGGAACCACGCCUCCAGCAAAGCCUCAAGCGAGGCUGCCGGAGGAAGAUGACAGCGAUUCUGAUGAUUUGAUCCUGGUUCGAACAGAUACUACGAAGAAAUGGGGUUUGUCAAUGAGAAAUCCUGGACCACGUGCAGCAGGAGUUGUGGUUAAUGAAAUCAGAGAAGCUACUCCUGCACACGAAUGGAAUUGCGAAGUGCCACUGAAACCAUGGCGGAUCAAGAAAGAAGAUGUCCUCCUGGCCGUGAAUAGUGAAGUUGUCGACGUAGCGAAUUACAAGGAAUGUCUGGCACAGGCAGGUCUCUAUGUGACUUACCGAGACCAGAAAAGCCCCAAGCCCCAGUGGACCCAGCGCAAAGCUGAGGAGGUCCUACCCACCAUAGUUCCCUCCUCGUCUGGCACGGCAAGUGGAUGCUGCGACCUGUCGAUACCGCCUGAACCAAUUGAUGGCGGGCAUCGGAUGGCCUCGGGAUGCGAUCUUUGGGAAGCUGUUUCAACUAUCCGGGAGCGGCGUCGUUCAAAUGAUGAAGCUCGACUUAGUCCUUUGAUUGAAAGCAGCAGCAUUCUUGAAGGAGAUGACAGCGUGUGGGCGGAACGUGAAAGAGCAGCAAUGGCAACCAAGGAGGAAUUGGCCUUACAUGUUUGGGACUUGGAGAAGACCUACCAGCGUUGGGCGAGUUGCCGUUCCCCCAAGCGGGCAGUGCGAGGCCGGCGAAAAAGGUGGGAUUUUCCAGUGCGGCCAAGCAGCGUCAUGUCCCGUGAACUCACCGCAUUUGCAGCGCAGUUUCUGCUGAAAUGCCUCGGAGAAGAAGACUUCUCAGAUAGCGAUGACCCUGACAUUUCAGGCCCGACAAGCGAUAUGGAUGUGGCGAAGAGGAGAGGUCUUACCCCAUUCUCAAUGAUUUUCAAUAUCUAUCCACAACAUGUUUUCACUUGUUUUCAAUUGUAUCCAAUUUUUUCAAUGGUUUUCCAUUGUUCAAUCUGUUCAUAG